AUGAGGCAGGUCACGCGCCGAAAACAACAACUUGACUCAAACCUCCAUCUCCCCGCCACCCGGCGACCAUCUGACUUCGCCAAAAUGUCUUCAAGCCUGCCAGAGGCCUCGACCUCGACCUCGCAACCGGAGCGUUCUCUCAAUCGUCAAGUCGUUCUCGAGGAAGAGGAGUACACUGCUGCUCUAUCGCACAUCAUUGCCCGGGACUUCUUUCCCUCGCUCGUUCACCUAGAUGCCACCAACGAGUACCUAGACGCACUGUCAACGCGGGACCCACACCUGAUAAACGCAAGCGUCCGGCGUCUGGAGGAGCUUAGCACACCCGCACCGUCAACGAGACGGCGGGUGGCCCAUACACCCUCGCAGACACCACUAGGCUAUGCCGCGGAGACGCCGCUGCGCACACCUAUUUCGAGGGGCGAGCCACAGCCCAAACGCGCGAGAUAUGACACGGACCUGAGCUUGGAUAAUUUCCAGGCGCAGUACACAUCCGAGGACAACUCCAGCUUCACGCAGAUCCUGGACGAGGAGAACCGCCAACGGAAGGAGAAAUGGGGUUGGGCUUGGGAGGCACAGAAGCGGGUAGAGCAGCAGCACGCGAAGAUGGUUGAGAGGAGGGAGAGGGCGCUGAUUGAACCGCCGACGGUUACUGGAGUGAGGGGCAAGUUCGCGAUUGAACAACCGACGGUGGCGGGUUUGAUCACGGAUGGGAAGGAGGAGGGAGUGGAAAGGGAAGACGAAGAGAAGGGAGAGGAGAAGGGAGAAGGAUCGAGUGCUGUCGUGCUCGCAAAACAGGACGAUUCAAUGGUCGAUAUUAUGGCACCUCAGAAGGAUAUUCGAACAGCAGGGGUGGACGGAUGGAAGUUCAAGGCACGGAACUCUCUCAUGUUCGCUCCGGACGCAGACGUUUCUCCUUACAACCCUCCCUCCAAACCUGCUGAAGGGAAGGGUCAGAAGGCGGUAAAUUAUGCCAGUACGCGACUACAGGAAGACGAACACAGAGCCGGCGAUGCUAAAUCAGUAUCCGCCCCACCCAGUCCGACCCGCAGCCGGAUUGACGCUGCUAUCACAGGCACACCAUACCACCCUAGAUCUCCGAAAGAAAGUGGAUUCCCUCUCGUACCGAACCUUCCGUCACCCACCCCAGACCAACUUGGACCUGCUGCCAUGAAGCAACUCAUGACGUGGGGCACCCUCAAUGCCACUCCUCGGAUUAUCGGCCAAACUGGUGAUCCUGGCGACUUGCAGACACCCUUCCAUAUACCAGAUAUUACCGUACGAGAGGCAAUAUCCCAUAAACUCUCAAACAAUGCCGCGAAGAGCCUGCGAGCCAAAGCCGGGUUAUUUGGGAAGACGCCUCGGACUGCGCUGGCUGGAAAGAAGGGGAGUAUGGCUCCUCCGUCGUGGACACCUCGGCGGGCCGAAGUUGCUGACAAUCUCACACCGGCUGCACGUCGAUUGCUCGAAAGGACGACGUUGGGCACAGCGGCGACAAGGAGAGCAGAAGCGAUGGAACGGAAGGCUGGCUGGGAAUUGGGGGCGAACAGCAAGGAGAGAGAUCUGGACCGAGUGCGAUGGACGCCAACGCCUUCACCCACUACCAGACGGUGA